CGGCGGCGUGGGCCGUGGGCCGUCAGGGCAGCCCUGAAGGGGCCCCCUCCCCACUCCGCUCGAGUAGAAGUGUGAGAGAGCCCAGCAGGACUCAGAGGGGAGAGUUGGAGGAAAAAAAAAGGCAGAAAAGGGAAAGAAAGAGGAAGAGAGAGAGAGAGUGAGAGGAGCCGCUGAGCCCACCCCGAUGGCCGCGGACGAAGUUGCCGGAGGGGCGCGCAAAGCCACGAAAAGCAAACUUUUUGAGUUUCUGGUCCAUGGGGUGCGCCCCGGGAUGCCGUCUGGAGCCCGGAUGCCCCACCAGGGGGCGCCCAUGGGCCCCCCGGGCUCCCCGUACAUGGGCAGCCCCGCCGUGCGACCCGGCCUGGCCCCCGCGGGCAUGGAGCCCGCCCGCAAGCGAGCAGCGCCCCCGCCCGGCCAGAGCCAGGCCCAGAGCCAGGGCCAGCCGGUGCCCACCGCCCCCGCGCGGAGCCGCAGUGCCAAGAGGAGGAAGAUGGCUGACAAAAUCCUCCCUCAAAGGAUCCGGGAGCUGGUCCCCGAGUCCCAGGCUUAUAUGGACCUCCUGGCAUUUGAGAGGAAACUAGAUCAAACCAUCAUGCGGAAGCGGGUGGACAUCCAAGAGGCUCUGAAGAGGCCGAUGAAGCAAAAGCGGAAGCUGCGUCUUUAUAUCUCCAAUACGUUUAACCCUGCGAAGCCCGAUGCUGAAGAUUCCGAUGGCAGCAUCGCCUCCUGGGAGCUGCGGGUGGAGGGGAAGCUCCUGGAUGACCCCAGCAAGCAGAAGCGGAAGUUCUCUUCCUUCUUCAAGAGUUUGGUCAUUGAGCUGGACAAAGACCUUUAUGGCCCUGACAACCACCUAGUUGAGUGGCACCGCACACCCACGACCCAGGAGACGGAUGGCUUCCAGGUGAAGAGGCCGGGGGACCUGAGCGUACGAUGCACGCUGCUUCUCAUGCUGGACUACCAGCCUCCCCAAUUCAAACUGGAUCCCCGCUUGGCCCGGCUGCUGGGGUUGCACACACAGAGCCGCUCCGCCAUCGUGCAGGCCCUGUGGCAGUAUGUGAAAACCAACAGGCUGCAGGACUCACAUGACAAGGAAUACAUCAAUGGGGACAAAUAUUUCCAGCAGAUUUUUGAUUGCCCCCGGCUGAAGUUUUCUGAGAUUCCCCAGCGCCUCACAGCUCUGCUGUUGCCCCCUGACCCAAUUGUCAUCAACCACGUCAUCAGCGUGGACCCGUCGGACCAGAAGAAGACGGCGUGCUAUGACAUUGAUGUGGAGGUGGAGGAGCCCCUGAAGGGACAGAUGAGCAGCUUCCUUCUGUCCACGGCCAACCAGCAGGAGAUCAGCGCUCUGGACAGUAAGAUCCAUGAGACGAUUGAGUCCAUAAACCAGCUCAAGAUCCAGAGGGACUUCAUGCUAAGCUUCUCCAGAGACCCCAAAGGCUACAUCCAAGACCUGCUCCGCUCCCAGAGCCGGGACCUCAAGGUGAUGACGGACGUGGCAGGCAACCCUGAGGAGGAGCGCCGGGCUGAGUUUUACCACCAGCCCUGGUCCCAGGAAGCCGUCAGCCGCUAUUUCUACUGCAAGAUCCAGCAGCGCCGGCAGGAGCUGGAGCAGUCGCUGGUCGUGCGCACCACCUAGGAGCCCCUGCGGAGGAGCACCAGGAGCACCGCAGAGGGCCUCUGGGCCGGGUCUGCCCCGCCCCCGGGCUCUGCCAUCGCCCCUCUGCCGCCUUCCGGGCGAGGCAGGGGAAUGAUUAAAGCUCAUGCAUCUGAGAGCAGCCUCGUGUGUCAUUGGCAACCGGGGAGGAAGGACACGGGGGAAGGCGGCGGGUCCCUCUGGGAAGCCUCCCUACCCCCUCCCUCAGAUUCUCCUCCUGACUCCAUUUCCCCUAGACCUAAAAACAGUUUGGCAGAAGACACUUUUAAUAACGUUUUCUUAUUAAAAAAAAAAAAAAAAA